CCUAAAAUAAUUCCGACCUCUCUCUUCCACGGGUGAAGCUUCGUUUAGGUGACUUGUGUCGCGUUAUCUCUCUCUACACCAGCCUAGUCGAACGUGUCCUCCACAAUGUCUGGCCGUGUUCUCGUUGGAGUUAAGCGCGUCAUUGACUACGCAGUUAAGAUUCGCGUGAAGCCGGACAAGAGUGGCGUGGUGACGGAUGGCGUGAAGCACUCCAUGAACCCCUUCUGUGAGAUUGCUGUGGAGGAGGCCGUCAAAAUGAAGGAGAAGAAGCUUAUCAAGGAGGUCGUGGCCGUCAGCUGCGGGCCACAGCAGGCACAGGAGACCAUCCGUACGGCCCUUGCCAUGGGGGCAGACCGAGGCAUUCACGUGGAAGUGACUGGCAAAGACUAUGAAAGCUUGGGACCCCUGCAGGUCUCCAAGAUCAUGGCUGCCUUGGCCAAGAAGGAGGAUGCACAACUUGUCAUCCUUGGCAAACAGGCCAUCGAUGACGACUGCAAUCAGACUGGCCAAAUGACGGCAGCCUUGCUGGACUGGCCUCAGGGCACUUUUGCAUCAGAGGUUUCAUUUGAAGGAAACAUGCUUAAAGUGGUGAGAGAAAUUGAUGGUGGCCUGGAGACGAUUAAAAUCAACACACCGGCAGUGGUGACAGCAGACCUUCGACUCAACACCCCCAGAUAUGCAACUCUGCCUAACAUCAUGAAAGCCAAGAAGAAGAAAAUAGCUAACAUGAAACCUGCAGACUUAGGAGUGGACCUCACAUCGCGGUUGGAGGUGUUGAGAGUGGACGAGCCCCCUCAGAGGCAGUCUGGGAUGAAGGUGGAGACGGUGGACGACCUGGUGGCCAAACUGAAGGAGGCAGGGACAAUAUAGAGGCAGAGGAAGGGCAAGGAGAGGAGGGCAGAACUAAGCAGAAGGGACUGUUUAAUGAAUAACUGGACUGGAAUACCUAAGCGCACCCAGAGGACCGGCUUAUGUAUCAGCCUAAUCCCUCUGUUUGAGACUGUACCUCCUGAGGAUAUGCAGGAGGGAGAGGAGGAAUACUGAGAAAUACUGUCCUGCAGCAGACCCAGACAACUCCAAAGGGAUCAUCUUGUCCCUGAUGUGCAUCUCAACUUACAUGGAUCUUAAGCUACUUAUAUAACUUAAGAUGAGCAGUUUUUAUGCAAUAAUUCCACUCACCACUGCUGUUUUGUAUGACACUGUACACUAACACCACCAGUAUGAUGCAUUUCACCAACCAAACACUUAACUCUGCUGCUUCAUCUUGUAAAUCUGUUGCCUUGCACUGAGGUGCAGUUUUUGUAAAUGAUAUAUGUAAAUAUGAACCCAAACCUAUUCAGAUGAUUAUUUCUUUCAAAACUAGCAUCAUAACUGUUGGUAAUCUGUGUAUGUUUGUCUGUGAAUUCUAAUUGGGUUUUUGUCCUCUGCCCAGACGGUGUCUCUCAGUAUUAGCAAGGGAAAUGUAUUCACAAAUCUGACUUUUACCAUAAGCGCCUCAGUUCUCUGUUAAUUGUACAGACCAUCACCGUGACAAUAAAGUACCCAAUCUUUUUCGUAUCUUAA